UCGUGCCCGAGGGUUAGCCAGCCGACGUCCUGCCCAGCCGACACACGACCCACGGAUCCGGACGGGGCGAGCGGGCGUACGCAGCGGGUGUUUCGAGCGCGUGGUUCUUGGGGGUGUGGCGAGUGGGGUCAGUGGUGGAGCUUGGGGUGACUGAGUGUCUCUGUGGAGCUUUCUGGGUGACUUGGUGGAGCUCUCUUGGGUGACCUGGACGCUUCUCUUGAUCGGUGACGAAGCGUUUCCGAAGAGUGAGGAUUUCCAGACGCAUUCGACGGGAAAAAGAGAGAGAGAAGGAAACGAUAAGGAUGGCAUUCAGGCUGUGGCUUUCGGCUUCGGUUCUCUGCUGGCUGGGAGGCGGUGCCGGCGCCAUCAAGAUUCCUCUGGGGGAUCUCCUGAACCUGAACAGCUACGACGGCGCCCUUCGACCCAACACGCACGCCGGUCCAACACACAUCAACGUGACUCUCUUCAUUGAUUCCAUCAGCGUUGACGAUAAAAAGCAGGUGAUAGGGAUCUCGGGCGAACUCCUUCAGGAAUGGAUGGACCCGAACCUUCAGUUUCAGUUCCAAGGCUCAAGUUUCCUCACGUCUGUGGGCCUUUCAGGAGUUUCCGGGGCGAGUAUCUUGAGUCAGGUGUGGCGUCCAGACCUGGUGGCGGGGAAGGAACUUAAGGCCAGAGAACCCAGCUCCAGCCUCGAAUUCCUCAGGAUCAAGAACGAUGGUCAUGUGGUUUGGAUGCAGAGAGUCCAUUAUUCGUUCCCGUGUCACCUCGACCUUCAAGUUUAUCCUCUUGGCAGUCACAAGUGUGUCUUGAAAUUACAUAGCUUGGGCUACGAAUCGAACGAGCUACAGCCUCAGUGGAAAGAGGAUACGACCAUUGAUUACAGUUCGGUCGUUAUGUCUCACGGCUACAGGCUCAAGGGGACCAAGCGAAGUGCCAAGUCAGUUGUCAUUGCCCACAGACCACAGAGGGAGUUGCAAAUGGAGUUCGAUAUUGAGUCGUCAGGAGGCUGGACUGUCAAGCACACUGUCAUACCUCUCGUGGCCACUGUCACCUGCGCCUACCUCGCCUUCUUCAUCAACAUUAGAGGAGUCUGCGCCAGGAUGAUAACUUGCAUGAUGUCCCUUGUCACGGCAGCUAUUUUCCACGAGAGUACCUACAGGAACGUCCCUCCGUCUGCUCAAACUAUGGCGGUCGAGGUGUUCACAGGGACGUGUCUCACCUUCAUCUUCGUGGCCACCGUCGAGAGCGUCGUCGUGGACGUCCUGGCUCACCUGCCCACCAAGGGCCGCCGGUCGCCGCCCUCCUCGUCCUUUGCUCUGGAGGUCAGAAAAGACGGGAGGCCUGACCUGAUGGAGGAGAGGUCGGGCCACAAGGGCCCCGUGGCCGCGCUGUGGCUGGACCGCUGCUUCCGCGUCCUCUACCCCGCCAGCUUCCUCGCCUUCAACGCCGUCUACUGGGUUCUCUACAACUAAGUUCGGCUUCCGGGGCGCCACAGAGGGAGAGAGGAUUCCCUGCAACAUCAGCUGGAACUUAACUUAGAGAGUGACUUAAAGUUUAGACUUUUACGAAGAUUUAGGAGCAGGGAAAGACUGAAAAGGUGUCUAAAGGAAUAAGUCUUUUGAUUUUUUUUUUUUUUUCGGAGGGCGACUCUGUAAGUCGUAAAAAUUAUGCAAGUUAGAAUUAUUUAAAAAAAAAUGUCGUCACUUCUGAAUUCCUUCUCUGUAUUAUUUUACGCUACUGGCAGUACGUCCUUUACUUACCUCUAAGUAUUUUACGGGAAAUUAAAUUUUGAGUUUACCUUCAUUAUUCAUAUAUUUUUAAAUGAAAUAUCGUCCGAAACACGGUAAGGAAACAUGGUCCAUAUCUUCUGUAAACAAAUGUAAUUUUAGAAUAAGUGCUUGAGGGUUGUAAAGAGUAUAUAGUGACGCUAAUAUAAGUCGUAAGAAAAAAGGAUAACAUAUUGUUUUGUUUUCGUUCACAAGAGGGCGGGGCGACUGCGAAUGGAAUUAAGGAAAUCAUUAUUCAGAUAAAAAAAAAAAAAAAAAAAAAUCUAAUCUGAUUUUGUACAAAGUGUCCAUGGUCUUCAGUAUUUUUUUUUUUUUUUGUCAAUUUGUUUUAUAUGCAAAUUAAUUAUACUCCGCUACGUUAUUGUCACUUAAAAUAACAUUAGUGCAACGGAGUAAACUGUGAAACUCGCGGUCUUUUGUGAGAGGAAAGGCAUCCUUUUAUACAACUUAAACAUUGAUCUCCCUCACCGAUUCAAUAAAAAAAAUUAUAAUCCCCUAAACUACCUAAUUAAUUUUUUAUCAUUAUUAUCAGUAUUUUUUUUUUUUUUUUUUUUUUACUUUUUGCGUUGUGACAAACUGACAAAACCUUGUUUAAUUUUCCCCAAACUUCUCUUAGUGUUAUCUGUACCUAUUGUGAAAUGGUUCGAUUCUCUGUCAUUGUUAUCAGUGUGGAACAACAGAUACGCUUUUGUUUGUACGACGGAGUUUAUGUGAAUGUAUUUUUGCGAUUUAUAACGUCACUGAAACACAUCCAAAGUGUACGAUAAAAGGUCACUUUCAAAAGGCAAUAUUGGAAUUAUGAUCAAACCGAAAUAAUAGAUUCGAGCCGAAGAAUUACAAAAAAAAAAAAAAAGGUUGAUACGCUUUCAUUUUAUAAAGGAUGCCUGUGACAAAUUUAAAAUAAGAUAUGUUAAGUUUCUCUUUACUUUUAACAAACGACGGCAAGGGUGUUCGCAUGCACAUUGGCUCAAGACAACGUGGACACCAAAGCGCUUCGGUUACUAAAUGAACCUCUAAUCGAAUCUAAUGAAGCCAACUGAAGAACCUUUAAGAACGAUCUUCGAACCCUUUCCGAAAUACUUUUUCUUGCGUUCCUGAUUACGUAAUUAUUCCAAAAUAGAAUCUUUAUAGAUAAUCUAAAACACUUUCGGAAAUGAAUAGAUAAAUAAAAGGUUCGACGAAAUAUUAAAAGUAACCAUUAAAAAUACCUUCUUGAUAGAGCAUGUGAUAUAAAUACACGAAAAAGGGUCAUAUGAAGAGGCAGACCCUUGAGUUUAUUGGCGAAUGGUGACCGGGAAGUAAUGCCGUUGUUAGGUUAAGGAUAGAUAUUAACUGCGUUGACUUAUGAGCAUUGUGACCUGUUGGAAGAGAGGUGAUAAGAUGUUGUAGAAAGACAGAAAUAAAUAAAAAUAAACCUCUAA